AGUUCAAAAUUUUAGUUUGUGAGCAGAAGUUAAACGAUCUAGACGACGAAAAACAUAUCGACGGUGCGAAUCGCAAGAGAAACAAAUUGUCUAAAGUCGGACGACAAUUCAUUUAUUUGUGAACGGCACGCGAGUUAUGUAAGAAACGCUAUUUAGGCCGAAACAUUAAAAAUAAAAUGUACACAGUUUAAUGGAAGUAAAGGAAUACAUUUUUGUUACAACUAAAAAUUUGUUCAAAAUCUAAAUUAAAUCGAUGAUAACGAAUUCAAAAAACGGCGAACAAGAUACGAUAAAAUAUACAUAUAUAUAAAAUUAUAAAAUUUAAAAAUAAGAACAAAAAAAUCAAAGUGCAAAGAACGGAAACAGGAAGUCACGGAAAUGGCCUUACAAGCAAAUAAUAGAAAUUUAUUAAUGCGCAAUGAACGCACCAUGCCAGCCUGGGUGACGGAGCAAAGCGAUCGCGUGGGACCCAAACCGCCACCACCUCCCCUGGCCACAGAAAAUGGCCAUAUAACAGCACCAGCAAAACAGCCAGCAUUGCCGCCCAAAACUUCUGCCCAACCCGAGCCGGAUUAUGAAGUUAUUGAGUUUUCAAAUCAGCAAUAUUCGAACACGCCAAUGCGGCCCUCUUCGGCCAGCUCUGGUUCCAAGACACCAGAUACCAAAUUGAAAUGCACCCUUUGUGGUUCAUCGAAUCCCUGGGUCAUGUGUGAAGAGUGCUCCAAACAAAUAUUUUGCGCCUCGUGUGAUGAUAUGUUCCACAAGCAUCCCAAGCGUAAAAAUCAUCAAAGGAAGACUCUAGAACAAAGCAAUCCACCACUACCACCCAAACUUCUGCCCGGUCAACCUGGACCCGCACCGCCAGUGGCCCCACCAAGACGCAACAAACGCGGCCUCAUGACACCCCUAAUGCAACGCAAGGAUCAGGUCAACUCGGCAGCAUUGCCCAUACCGCCCUCCCCAACGCCCUCCAUGAAAAAUGCCUCCUGGCACGAGCGCGUGGGCUCUCUGAAACGUGGCUUGAGCAUUUUGAAUCGACCACUACCGGAAACACCCAAAACACCCACCACUCCCAGUGAGUCGUCACGCUGUACUACCCCCAAAUCGGUAUUUGACAAUAUACAACGGCCGCCCUCGGUGGUCUUGGAGAAGAUAAAGAACAAAGCGAAUGCCACACUAGAUCGCAUGCAGAUGUUGCAGCAACGCUACCGUCAACAGAAAGAGCAAAUGGAAAGAGAUCGCAACGGCUAUAGCAGUGAGCAGCAGAAUCACAAUGCAUUUGAUCAGUGGUCUAGCAUUUCACCAUCGCCAUCACAUUUUCCUUCUGGCAGCAUGUCAUCCGGUAUCAACUCAUCUCAUCUUGAUCUAACGGACGAUUCAAGUUUCAAUUUGUUCCACCAGCGCCAGCUGGCCCUGCAGCAUCACAAGUUGGCGGCCCAAAGGGCAAAUCAGCUGGGUCAGCGCGGCAUGUCAUCAUCGGUGUUUAAUUUGAAUCAAGCCAGUCGCAAGCCGCCGUCCAUGAACAAUGGCUGGUCCAACAAUCCAAUGCAUCAGGCCCAAUCCAUGGCUCAGCUCAACUGUGCCAAUUGCAGUCACCCACAGCAAGGUAACUGGGGACACCAGCAUCACAUGCCCAUGAAUCACCAUGACCCUUGGAGCAAUCAAUUGAGUUCCCAGCAACAUUUAAAUCGCUCCAACCUGUCCUUGAAUGUAUCAGCCGGUUAUAUGAUGCCUCCGCAGCACAGUGGCAUGUAUCCACCGCCAGUUUUUAUGAAUCAACGGGGCAUGAUGGGUCAGACGUUUGCCCAACCGUAUAUGCCGGGAAUGCCGGUCAUGAAUCCAGGUCUGGUUGGCAUGCCUCCCUCUGCUUCUAGGGCUGCCUCGCGAGCAGGCUCACGCAUGGCCUCUCCGGCCUUGAGUCGCAAAUCGGUCACUCUCCGACGAAAACAACGUGCCAGCUAUCACAAUGAUGAGGCCACCGACGACGAGGACUCCGAUGAAGAUGAUCGCCGUUCGAUGGUCUCAAAUCGUUCAGCUAUGUCGAGGACAAGACAGCGGCGAAUGUCCAGCGCAUCACAAAUCCAAUUGGAAGAAGAUUUGGAUUCGGGUCAGCAGCGGUCACGUGUCCGCAGUCAACGCAGAGAUUCUGUGGCGAAGUCGGUACACAACGAUUGGGCGCCGGGUAGAAAAAUAUCCAGCAGCAAUAAUCGCUCCGGUGACUCCGGUUUUAAUAGUCCCCGGCAAAAACCGACAGCAGCAAAUCGUAUAUAUUCCGAUUUAGAUUCUGAGGGUUCGGGUACCAGGGCCUUGGUCCAAGCCAAAAUCGAACAAAAACUCAAAGAGGAAUCCCUGAAGCAGCAGAAACAAAGCAAAUCCAAGCGUCGAAGUGAGUCACCGCCCAAACAAAAGCAAUCAAUGGCAGUUCAAACUCCGGUGGGUCAUGCCAAGAAAAAUGAGGAUAAGCCUCCAGAGAAACCGGCUAGCGAAAGUGAAUCAGAAGAAGAGGAAGAGGUGGAGGAAGAGGAGGAGGAAGAAGAGCAGGAAGAAGACCAAGCUGAGGAGCAGCAACAAACAAAUGACUCAAAAACAACAACAGCAGAUGAAUCCCAAAAACCACAACAAAAUGGCCAAGUUAAUGGCGUCGAACCUGAUCCAGUCUUGGAAGAUGAAGACGCCGAAUCCUUGGGACCACCACCUUCUACACCCGAGCAGGAAUGGGAGUGUGAAUUUUGCACCUUUGUUAAUGAGCCCAACAUAAAAAUCUGUACCAUUUGCUGUAAAACCCCCAGCAAGCCGCCCAAACUGGUGGCCAAGUCCAUAUCACCACCCAAACAAGUUCCAGCUGUGAAAACAACAAAGGAUUCAAAAAGUGGUACGAUCAAAAGAGUAACAGCAACAACAACGGAUAAGGGAAAAUCCAUACUCGCCAAGAAUACAACAACAACAUCAUCAGUCACAACUACGUCAUCAUCAUCCACCACAACAACCAAUAACGAUGCCAUAACAGAAUCAUCCUCCUCUCAGAACUCCACUAACGCACUAAAAAAGAAAGAAUCGGUAGAAGAUAUUUGGGCGGCAUUGGAUGAAAAUAUACAGGCCACGGCUAAUGAAGUGACACGCAAAGCGGAAACUGCCUCCACAACGUCCGUCUCAGCCACAUCGGCCAAAAAAGCCACCACCAAAGUGUCGACCGGCUGUGGCACCACCACGACUCGUGACAAAUCGGCCAGUAUUGAGCGACAAGUAGAAGAGACGCGCAAAUCUCAGGCCAGGGAAAUAGGCACUUCGCCACCACCUCAGACCAUUUCCACUCAAACCUAUGAAACUUUGCCUUUACGAAAAAUUGCCGAUAAAGAAGAGUCUCCCUCGAUUAAACCUUUGCAAACGAAUGGCAUUCAGGAACCGAUACAGACGACUUUUCCCACUACGAAUAAAAUUCAUGACCUGAAAUCAUUCGAGAAUGAAGUUCUUCACAAUAUACACAACAUCUCCCACAUUGCCUCCAAUCCGUAUCAACAAUUCCAAAACAGUCACCACCAGCAAUCCUAUUAUCCCAAUCACGAGCGUUAUCAGAGGUAUCGCAGUAACAAUGAUUUACGUAUGGAUGACUCGAUGUCCAUGGACUUUGAGGCAUAUCAUGGCGGGGGAGGUGGCAUGGGAAGGCGUCACCCCUCCAUAAGUGAACUGCUGCUAUUGCAAAGAGCAUCAUCACAAAUGCAUUCCCCCCUGACUGGCAGUAGCUAUGACUUGUCAUCAUAUCGUCACAGUGGCAUGGAUCAUCACAAAGAAUCCGAUUUGUUGAAAUAUAGCUCGGAGGAACUAAAUGCCGCCCUAAAAUAUUGUGGACCCGAUAUGCAUCCCUUGAUUUGGUUAAGAGACAACUGGCCGAAGUUGAUACAGACGGUCCAGAGUUUGGCCACCAAAUAUGGCCAAGAACGGGCGGAGAAUACCAUUGGCACCAUUUCCCAAAUGGAGGCCCGUGAAGCUUUACGCCUGCACACCGGCAAUAUUUGGCAAGCUGUUUCAGAAUGCAUUGAACAACGUCAACGCAAAUAUCGUGAGAUAUCCAGCAAGGGUAAUUUCUCGCGCGAAGAUGUUGUCACAGCUCUUACCACUCACCAGGGCAAUGUUGAAAUGGCUCUCAUGGAUUUGGGUCGUAAUCAGCUGAAACCCUUUCUCAUGCGCAUUUGGGGCUCACCCGGCGGGGUAGAGAAUGAAAGUGGAUCCAUGAUCAUACCCCCCUCAUCGCACUCGAACGACUCCUACAGCAUGGACAAAGACAUUCAUAACUUUCUCAGUGCCAAUGCUUCUGACUGCAUGCAAAUCCCCAAUGCGAAUGGAGCUUUUCCAUCACCCAACACCAGUCAAGCACCACCCUCCCCAUUCGAUCUGCCCGAAUCAGUAAUGAAUGCCUAUGACUCACACCACCAUCUGCCAGACAACACAUCCACCUACAGCAGUAAUGCCAGCAGCUUUAAAGACUUUGCCGCCAGUCCUCAACCUCCACCACCACUGCCACCUCCCAUCGAUGAUGCCAUCCUCAAUAACAAAAGUAUGUUAAAAGAUUUGGAAUCCCUAAUCGGCAGCAUGGAACAGAAUCAACAAAAGCAAAACGAACAGGUGCUCAGAUCCAUAAAAGACAUGAUUGACAAUAUGAAAAAGGACAAAACGGACAUGGCGGACUAUGAUGAUCCCGAGGACAUGCGCAUACUAACCAAGAGUCCCAUUAACACAUCCAAAUUCAAGCAGCAGCAGCAACAAUCCUCCGCGGAAAAUGCGGCAGAUGUCAAGAAUUUUGUAUGGCAGCAUAUCCAGGAAAUUGUUCCGAAUCUGGUUCAGCAAGUCGAAAUGGAGCUGUUGGAAGACAGUGAGGCCACCACCAAAUUGGAGAUUCCACCUGAGAACCACGAACCUGCUGAGGAGGAGCAAGGCGAAGAAGAAGAGGAAGAAGAAAUUACAGCACCACUUCCACCCCCACCACCUCCCAUAGAUCAAGAUGAGUUCCUCAUGGAGGAGGUUAUUAAACCGAAUUUAAGAAAUGCUUCCAUUAGAGAGGAGUUACCUCCUGAAUAUGUCUACACAGCUGAGAUAGCCACCUUCCAAAUGGCCUUCGACAAGGCUUUGCAGAGGGAGCACCAGCAACAGUUUAAAUAUGAUUCGUUGAGGAAUGCAUACAGAGAGGUCUUCAAAAUGUACUUGGCACCGGUUGCUCCGCAGAGCGUGGCCCAAACUAUUCCCGCCACUGUUCAUGACUUGGCUGGGGGAUCUCCAGAGCUAGGAAUUCCAACGACAAUAGAAGACUUGCCAUUACCUCCAGUGGGAGGACAGGUUGUGUCGGCGCCGGAAGUGCCAAAAGAGGAGGUUAAAGUUGAGGAGUCGAAUGGUGAAAAUAAGGAUCAACUGAAUGAAGUCUCCGAAGCUUCGACAACUCAGUCCGUUGCCACAGAAGAAGUCUCUAGGGAGGAAUUGAGAACUGAAGGAACCUCCAAGAACGUUUCCAGAAAGGAAGUGAGAACUGAAGAAACUUCUAACGACGUUUCGAGAGAGGAAGUCAGAACUAAAGAAGCCUCAAAAGAAGAAGUGUCAAAAUCGCCUGGGGAAAUGGAACAGCCAAAUAGUUCCUCGGUAUUGAGGGAAGUUGAAAGCCAAUCAGUUACCCAGCCCAGUACAACAACGGAAGUCCUUGAAGAAAAGACAGUAAUUGAAAAAUCACAGGAAAAUGGAGUGGAAAAUAUUGCAACUGCAUUCGAGGAAAUUCCACAACCUGCAAUGACUCAACCAGAAAAUAAUGACGUUUCUCCAAUAAUUUCUCAACCUCCAUCUGCUCAAGAAUCACCAAAGGAGGCAGACUCAAGUUCACAAGAAAAUCAGCAGGGGUUGCCUGAAGAAACUUUAAGCUCCCCCGUUCCGGAUGAAAGUAGUCCAAAUGUAAUAUCGAAGGAAACCCCAAGUCCUGCAACAAAUUUGCUGGACGAAUCCACAGAAUCGGAUUCCAUUCCACCUAGCUCGGCACAAACAUCCAAUGAAACCACUACGCCUCCCCUGAGUGAGGCCACGAUGUCUGUGACGCCGACCGAUGACAAUUUAAGUUACAAAUCGACCAGAAGUUCUGUGGAACCUGUGGAUGUUGAAACAGUCGUAUCAUCCUCCUCAGUAGUAGAGCCAGAAGAAGACAAAACAGAGCCACAAUCGAAUAAAGCCCCAGACACUACUGAGACUAUUAAUGAUAAUUCAGCCCAGGCUCCCAAUGAUGAACCUGUUCAGAUUCCAACAUCUAAGGAUGCCCCCUCAAUACAAUCUCAAACCAGUAGUGCGAAAGAGGAGUAUCCAUUACUGGAGACAAAUAAAUCAGAGGACAUUGUAAACUCACACAAAGACACGCCCUCAACAGAAUCUUCUCAGGCAACAAUCUCCCAACAGGAUGCUACUAUUUCCGCAAAGGUUGGCCCUCAACCAAGCAUUUCAUCGGAAAAUCAAGCCUCUGGCUUUGGAACUGAAAAGAAACCACCAGCCACUGAAAAAACUGCCAAAAGAAUAUCCAAAAUUCCAGUGCGGAGAACAGCAAGUAAUACCAGCUUAAUUUUGACAACAACACCGUCGUCUAAAGCACCCCAACCAAGCCCACAACAAAUUGAAGCACUCCAGACACAUGUUCCCGCAGAAUCGGAAGAAUCUAAAGUACAAACACCUACAGCAAGCAAUGAAGAAACCCCCUCCACCAAUAUUCCAAAUGAAGCCGAAGAUGAUUCCGAGGACGAGCUUUACAGUCUGGCAAGUGAUUCAUCUCUCGACGAAAUUGACACCCGAACCUACGUCCAAUCACCCACCGAUACGGAGUCACGAUUCGAUGAUGUCCAAUCCCCCACGAGUACCAAUGAAAUGUUCCUCAUGAUUCAACAUGACACGGGGGAGACCUCAAUGGAAGAAAGUACUGUGGUGCCAUCGACCAGCAGUUCUACUGUCCAUUCGGCGAUUAGCUUUUCAUCGGGCCUUAAGUCGCCGCCCAGUGAAUUUAUUCCUUCCGGAGAUCCCAGUAAACAAAAUCUCUCAGAAUUGGUGAAGGACACUCAGCGGCUGAUCAAGCAAAUGAAAGAAGAAAUCAACAUGGAUGACUUUGAGUCCUCCACCGAUGAGGAUGACUACACAGAUGAUUACAGUGAUGAAUACGAUGAGGAGGAAGAAUACGAAGAGGAGGAGGAAUACGAAGAAGAGGAAGAUGAAAAUGAUGAUCUCGAGGAUUUGAGUGAAGAAGACGAAGCAGAAGGCAUCGAUGAUGAAGAGGGUCAAUGGGAAGAUCAACCCGAAGAAUUUAAUGAAGUUAUUGGAGAUAGAAGUCACGAUGAUGAUGAAGAGGAGGAUGAGAAGCAUCCCAACAUCGCAAGUAAAGAUCAAGUUACACCUGAAACAGUUCACAAUGAAUCAGAUCACACUCAUGCCAAUGCCUCACACUCGCCCGAGCAUCAUCUGGCAUCAUCUUCUUUCCCAUCCUCAUCUGAACAUUUAAUUCAAACUUCCAUUGAAUCUAAUCAAACUCUCACUAAUGACGAAACAAUGGCUUAUUUGGAAACAGAAAAUCAAAUUCCGGAAAUACCAGCAGAAACGGUUUUGGCAUCCAGUCUCAAGGAGGAAAGUUCAGCAGCUGAAGAAUCCACACAAUCUGAAAGCUUGACAACAAUAAAAACCGAAUCCAUGCCCAUGGCACUUGCUAAUACUUUGGAAAGUGAAAAUUCUUUGCCGGAACUCCCAACGGAAAUUGUUCUAGCUCCAGUUACGGAAAUGUUGCCGCCACAAACUGAAAAUACUAUUCCAGAAUUACCAGCAGAGGCAGUUCUGCCCCAAGAGCAAACUCUCACCCACACCUCCUCAUCCAUGAAAGUUAUUAACACAGCUACUAACGAUACAUCUCUGGCAUCAGUCUCGGCAUCAUCCCCAUCUCCAUCAUCAUUGAGUAAAGAUCAUGAAUUACCAUCAUCAUCGGGUUCUACGACAUCUCCAAAAGUAUCCAAACAGGAUUCUGUGGAAGUAGAUGAUACCAAACCCUCAACUAGCAAAGCCUCAACUGCCAAACCCAAAGCAACUGCAAACAAAAAGAAAGAGGAUGCAAAGGCAAAUACCAAGAAACCCGCCACGGCCAGUAAAAUACCCAAACCCAAUAACAGUCAAAGGGAUCAAAAAUCCAAAGCCAAUACUGAGGCCACCAAGGAAACCACUAACAAAUCCAAGGAUCUCCCCAAAGAUCCACCAAAAACCACAACUGGUACUCUCAAAAGCAAAACCGAACCUAAAAUGAUUCUACCCACACGCUCGAAAUCAUUUUCUGGACCACCUACACCCAUUGUCUUGACAUCCGUUAAGACCAUAACGCAACGUUUCCAAACGGUACAAAAGUCCCAGAACAACAAGCCUCAACUGCAGAAGGCACCCACAACUAUUGCCAGAAAACCAUCCAUUACUGAGGCCAUAAAUCGUCUCACAAAGCCUACCUCCUCAAACAACAGCUCCGAAUUACCCAGCACAAGUUCUUUGUUCAGAACAAGAACCACUCCCCGGAUACCGAAGAAGAAAUAUCAUGAGACCUGUUUUUCGGAUGACGAUUAUGAAAGUACCUCUACUGAGGAGGAACCCGAACCCAUUGAGAUAAGACAGCGUAAAAUGAGUGUGCCUGUAUUCAGAGCUUAUCCUAGUGUCCAGGAGCCGGAGGAGGUGAAUACAGAGGAACUGGUAGAUAAGUUCGUAAAGGAAGAACUGGUGAAUACCAUAGCCGAGGCCCAGAUUGCAGCUGCUUUGAUCAGCAUGAAAUUCCAGCAAGACGUCUCCCUGUGGGCUGCCAAAGAAUGCAGUGAUUUGGAACAUGCCAUAGCUCUGCUCAAACAAGACUGUGAACUAUGCAGCGGAACCUAUGCCCUCAACGAAAUUGUCUCAAUGCUCAAAUGCACGCACAAAUGCUGCAAACAGUGUGCCAAAACUUAUUUCACCGUACAGAUAACCGAACGCAGUAUUAACGAUUGCAAUUGUCCCUUCUGCAAAAUACCCGAAUUGCACAAUCAAAGCGAACACGAAGAUGACAAUUUGGAAUAUUUUUCAAAUUUGGAUAUUUUCCUCAAGAAUAUUGUCGAACCCGAGGUGCAUGAACUUUUCCAACGUAAGCUAAGAGAUCGCACCUUGCUCAAAGAUCCAAAUUUCAAAUGGUGUGUUCAGUGUUCGUCGGGAUUCUUUGCAAGACCGAAACAAAAGAGAUUGAUUUGUCCCGAUUGUGGUUCGGUGACAUGUGCUUCGUGCCGGAAAACGUGGCAAAAACAACACGAGGGCAUUUCUUGUGAGAAAUUCUUGGAAUGGGAAAUGGCCAAUGAUCCGGCUGUCCAGGCCCUGGGCGUAAAGGAGCAUUUAGAUCAAAAUGGCAUUGAUUGUCCCAAGUGUAAAUUUAGAUAUUCUCUUGCCAGAGGAGGUUGCAUGCAUUUCACCUGCACCCAAUGCAAAUACGAAUUUUGCUAUGGCUGUGCCAAACCCUUUAUGAUGGGUGCCAAAUGCACCAUAUCACCGUAUUGUGCCAAACUUGGUCUACACGCCCAUCACCCCCGUAAUUGUCUAUUCUAUUUAAGAGAUAAAUUGCCCGUGCAAUUGCAAAUCCUGUUGAAGAAUAAUGGCGUGUCCUUCGAAGUGGAUCCCAUCGAAACACAGGAUGAUGGCAACGUUCCCGGCUCGUCACAAAAACAGGCUCCCCUCUGUCCCAUUCCCAUACAAAAGGAGACACCGAAUGGUUUGGUGGACACCAAAUGUAACAGUGAUGUGCCCGAUAAACAUGCGGGAAUGUGUCGGACCCACUAUGUGGAAUAUUUAACAGCCAAAGUGGCCAAGGCCAAAAUUGAUCCCUUGCCCAUUUUCGAUUUGACUGAUUGUGUUCAGGAGCUGCGUCGCCGUGGUAUACCCCUGCCCGAGCGGGGUCCCUGGGAUACAGAUGAAAUCUACAAAAAUAUGUGUGCUGAGGUCAUACAGAAGAACAUACCGCUAGAAACGAAUUAAUUGUUCGAAAAACGCAAGGACUGUUUCAUUAUCACACACACACUCAUGCGCACGCAUAAUCGUAUAUAAUUUUUUUUACACAUUAUUCAUGCAUUCAUAUAUUAAAUUAUUUAUAGUCGCAUUCAUCAAUUUCAUGUUUUAUUAUUAUUUGUUUGUGUCUAAUUAUUUAUUAAUUGAAACACAAUUUGCAUUAACUUAUAUACAAUUCGACAAAAUAAAAAUAAAGUAACGAAAA